GGUUUUGCCGCGUUUUCCACAGCUGAUACGUACAAAAUAAAAAGUUUUGUUUGUGGACAGCUGAUAUCGGGGUUCGAGUGACCUUUCUUUUGUCUUCGAUCACUCACAUUGAAGUCUUGUUGUUUGCGAUGCGAUCAAGGACGAAUCCCAAUCCCAUUGGAAUCGUAUCUACCUCUCUCAUGAGCUAAUAUAGAAAUAUCUAUUCAGAUUUCCGACUCUACCUCGAUCAAUCCUUUCCCAAUCCUCAGAACACCAAAAUCCCACUCAACAUGGAUCUCCUCAAUUCGAUCAUGAGCAAAAUGGAUAAACCUCCAGUGAUGACCGAUCAGGAGAAGGAGAAGCGGAAAAAGGCCAAGGAAAUGGCCAAGAAGAUGGAAGAGAAGCACAAAAAGGCCACGCAUGAGUUCCGCAACAAAAUAGAAAAGGUGAUCGAAGCCUUUGUCGAAGACAGCCAAGCCCACAACCACACAUUUGCCCCCAUGGAGAAGGUCCAAAGGUCCAUAGUUCACGACGUAGCGGAAACUGCGGGUUUGGUUACCUACUCAUUCGGAGAAGAGGAUGUGGAUCGGCAUCUCGUCAUCUGGAAGAAGGACUUCCAACCCAAUGAAGAUGAGCUCACAUGUCGAAGGGCGGGACAGGUCUGGGAUCCCGAGACGUAUUAUCAGCAAAAGCAAGAGGCCGAGCAACAUGCCCUCAAAGAGGAGAUCGAGGCUCGGAAGCGUCAAAAGCAAAAAGUCGUGCCCAAGGGCAACUAUCACGCCAAAUAUGAACACAUCAUUGGGAAUGACACCAUGGCAUUACAGCGAACUGAACUUAAGAAGUCCUAUGGAAUGGUGUCAUCUGACCAGAAGAAAGACCGUCGAACCGUGGAGGACAUACAGGCAGAGCUACGGGCGAAAAAGCGGAUGAAAUUGGACACGCAGAGUGAAGAUUCCUCGAAAUAGUUUGAUUGUGUGGCAGCUAGAACGCAGCAACGGAUUGAUUUUUUUGUGCUUUUUGUGAUAGGAAUGAAUUUAGUAAAUUUGAUCCAUGAG